AUGGCUCCAUUGUCGCCGUCGAGGAGGUCUGUCCUCUUCUUCGUUGCAUUCUUCGUCGUGGCCAUCUUUAGUCCGUUAUGUCGCGCUUCGACUGGUGAUGAACUGCCAGAGUUCAAGAACUGUGUUCAGGCCUGCAUCCAACAGGAAUGCGAUGUCGACUCCCCCAAAUCUCUCCCUCUCCACCUCCAACUUUUCCUCUGGACCUGUCCCUCAGAAUGCGAUUACGUCUGUCAACGUCACGUAACUCACGAUCGGAUAGAAAAGGGCCAAUCGAUCGAACAAUUUCACGGGAAAUGGCCGUUUUACCGCGUCAUGGGCGUCCAAGAGCCCUUCUCUGUCAUAUUCUCAAUCCUUAACGGUAUCCAGUUCUACAGAGGCCUUCAGAUCAUCAAACGAGAAUUCCCAAAUACAUACCCUCCGAAGGGAAUAUACUUGUUCGGAGCAUACGUGGGAAUGGCAGCUUGGUUCUUCAGUACCAUAUUUCAUACCCGUGAUUCUAUCCCCACGGAGAGAUUGGACUAUUUCGCAGCCGGUGGAUUGGUCCUCUUCAACCUCUUCUACGCUCCCCUCGUAAUCUUCCGACCAUUCAACAGCACUCCAAUGUCGAGAUCCGAACAAAAAUUUGAAACCUGGGUAUACGUCUGGGGUAUCAUCUGCACGGUCGCAUAUCUGUCCCACGUCUAUUUCUUGCAAUUCGUUAGAUUCGAUUAUACUUAUAAUAUGGCUGCGAAUGUGGUUGUCGGUCUGUGUCAAAAUGUAUUGUGGGUUUAUUACUCCAUUACACGCUAUGAUAAGGAAAAGAGGCCUUGGGCUUUUUGGCCAGGGUUUAUUGUCGUGUGGAUGACUUGUUCCAUGAGUUUGGAGUUAUUGGAUUUCCCACCGUUGUUCGAUGCACUGGAUGCUCAUGCCCUUUGGCACGCGGCGACGAUUCCGGUGCCCAUGUGGAUGUAUAGGUUUCUCGUUAGAGAGUCAAAAGACGAUAUCUAUGGAAAACGUCUCAAAAUGUAA